AUGUCGACUCAUAAUCGUUCUCUUCCAACACAGCCAACUUCUACUGUCAYAAUGAACGACAGUUAUACAGGUGAGGUAGCUGGAACAACGGCGAUAGUUCUCAACGUAUUUUUCGCCUUCAUUGGGACGUUUGGAAACGUUUUGAUAAUCUUUGCCGUUUUGAAAACACCCCAGCUUCGUCAAAGGCCAUCUUACCAUCUUCUCUUGAGUUUGGCUGUAGCAGAUUUAGUGGUGACCAUGGUUGCACAACCACUUUUUGCUACUAAUGUUUUUCUGAAGACCAUUGCAAAGCGAUGCUGCUAUGGAGUCGAUAUGGGAUAUGUUGUGACAGURGCUCUAUCUGGAGGAAGCUCUAUGAGUCAUUUGGCGGCCAUCAGCAUCGACAGAGCAUUAGCAACGACAAAACCCCACAAGCAUCCCCGCAUCAUGAAGCGAUGGUCCAAAGUGAUGUUGUCUCUAUGUUGGGGAACAGCUUCAAUUGCGAUCAUCAGUGGAUAUUUCAAUGUACAAAACACUAAUCCAGGGAAAACCGCCACUCUGAUUUUUGCCAUUUUUGAUGUUUCUCUAAUUUGUGUGAAUUUUCUCUUCAUGAUUGGAUCAUACGCGAUUGUUCUCUACAGAAUCAAAUAUCCAAAGUACCAACCGGCCAUCGGACCAACAACUCUAACGGCACGUGACAGAGCCAUAGAGAAAAGAGUUUCUGGAACRAUCGCUAUUGUGAYUUUUCUUUUCGCCGCUUGCUGGUUCCCUGUUGCUGGAUACCGAUUAUCRCAGACUGAUACUUCGGCAGGCUGCUCGCUUGAUCCAACGCUGUUGUGGAUUCGUACAAUUUACUUGACAAACUCGUCUAUGAACUUCAUUGUUUACAGUUUGAGAAUCCGUCACUUUCGCGCAGCUUACUCAAGAAUCAUCACUAGAAUGUUUCAGCCAUGUAGGAAGAUUACCGAGCGCCAAAAUGUACAUGCAGCACCUAAUGCUAAUGUGCCUUUUCCUUUAUCACUAAGCACACCAAAUGCAUCUAUUGAAAUAAUUGACGCGAGUGAAAUAACACAAAUCUAA